AUGGAUAAGAAAAUUGAUAACUGGAUGACUAAAUCUCUCUCUUUUGCUGGCCGUCUUCAGUUAAUAAAUUCUGUCCUUUCUUCUAUGCAUAUUUUUUGGGCAGCCGUCUUUAUUAUUCCAGCUCAUGUUACCAAGGAUCUAGAGAAGAGAAUGAGGCAUUUCUUAUGGAAUAAAGGUCGUCAAGGAAAAGUUCAUGCUAAAGUGGCAUGGAAGGAGGUUUGUCUGCCGAAGGAGGAAGGUGGUUUGGGUAUCAAGAGUAUAUCGGAUGUUAAUAAGGCUCUCAUAACAAACCACAUAUGGAGUAUCAUUAGCAACAGGCGCUCUUUAUGGGUCCAAUGGAUUCAAUCUCACAAUGGAGCUCAAACUAAUGCGUGGAGCGAAAACUGGUGUCAAUAUAGCCCGUUGAGCUCGUUUAUCUCUCCACAGAUCAUUGCUAGUGCAGGUUUUACGCUUCAGUCCUCUGUUGAUAGUCUCUUUGAUGAUCACGGCCAAUGGAAGUGGCCUCAAGAUUGGUUUGACUUAUUUCCAGUGUUAAUCAAUAUUGACACUCCUAAUUUAGUCCAACAAGUGGAAGAUAGGCUAAUCUGGAAAGAUUUGGAGGGGACUCCUCGGCAAUUCGGCUCGAAAGAGGUGUGGAACAAUAUUCGGAAUCGUAACUCCACAGUUGCUUGGGCGAAUCUUAUUUGGUUCCCUCAAUGCAUUCCACGGCAUUUGUUUCACAUGUGGUUGGUGUGGAACAAUGUCAAGUCUAUGGUUGAUAUGAGUAAUGUAAAUGACUCAUGGGAGUCUAUUAAGGACUGGAUGGUUCAACAUGCUAACACGAAGAAGAUCGAUCACAUUGUUUGCAAAAUGGUAGUUGCAGCUUCAACAUACUUCAUUUGGCAGGAAAGAAACAAUCGCUUCUUUUCUCAAAACCAAAGCAGUGUUUCAAUGGUGACCGAAAGAAUAGUAAAUACAAUCAGAUUACGUGUGAUGGGAUUCAACCCUAGUGGGGAUGCGAAUCACACAAGGAUGUUGAAGAAGUGGAAGAUUCCUACUCAUGAAGAUGACAAUGGCCCGGGCUAG